GGGCUUCUUUCGGAAUUUUGGCUAGUUUUUGAAGAAAAUGGAGGAUUAUGUCAACAAUCCCGCAAAUAUGCAUGAUUUUAGUUUUAUCAAUAUGAAAGCCUUUGUGAACUUAAAAGGCUCGGGCGGUAACAUAUGGGAAGUAUUUGAAGUUUUAGAUGAUGCCAGACGUGCCAUUUUCAGAGAUACCGUAUUUGGUUAUUUGAUUGAUGUCCCUCAUUUACAAGGGGACGCAUUGUUGUUCCAUAAAAUGUUCCUUCAUCAGAUCCGGCCGGACCCUGUUUUAUCUCCAGAUGGAAUAAAACGAUUAUAUUUUCGAGUAGGCAAUACGAAAAUGGUUUAUAAGCCGGAAGAGUUUUGUUUGAUAAUCGGCUUAAAUUUUGGGGAGUAUCCAAAAAACAUUGGGAGAAAAGGAUCAGAAAAAUUAUUAAGCAGUAAAAAAAGAUGUUUAUUGCGUGAACGGCUAUUUCCGGACCAUACCAAUAGUUUGGUGAAAAUCGGCGACCUGAAACGUUUAAUUUUAAAUCGAACAUUCCUAGAACUUGACGACGUUGAUGCAGUUAGAGUAUAUUUAAUAUACAUUUUGUGUGAAGGUUUUUUGGGAAAAGAAGUUAAUGAUCGAGUGCCACAAGAUUGGUUAUUUUUGGCUGAGAAUUUGGAUCUCUGGAACAGGUAUAUUUUGUUUACGUUAAAAGUUUUAUUUUAUUAA